UGUAGCCUUGUAUGUUUAUCCUGCUUGCAUUUCCAUAUGGGAUAAUAAAGUUUACCUUGCUAAAUUAUUUUUGUUUCUUCUCUCUCAGGUAUCUGGGAAUCACCCGGCCCCUCACAUACCCAGCCAGGCAGAACGGUCAGCUGAUGGCCAAGAUGAUCCUGGGGGUGUGGUUGGUGUCCGCCUCCAUCACCCUGCCCCCCUUCUGUGGCUGGGCCAAGAAUGUCCACACGGGCGGCGUGUGCCUCAUCAGCCAGGACUUUGGCUACACCAUCUACUCCACGGCAGUGGCCUUCUACAUCCCCAUGCUCGUCAUGCUCUUUAUGUACUACAAGAUCUUCAGGGCCGCCCGCAAGAGCGGUCUGAAGCACCGCUUCACCGACUUUGCCCGGCGGGAGCGGCUGGAGACAGUGGCCAGUGAGGCGCUGAGGAUGCAGGGCCUGAAGCCGCAGGGUGUGGCCGAGGAGUGUGCGGCGCUAUCCCGUCUGCUGUCCCGUGAGCGCCGCAACAUCUCCAUCUUCAAAAGGGAGCAGAAGGCAGCCACCACGCUGGGGGUGAUCGUCGGUGUGUUCUCUGUCUGCUGGCUGCCCUUCUUCAUCCUGUCCACAGCUAGGCCCUUCAUCUGCGGGGUGGAGUGCAGCUGCGUGCCCAUCUGGCUGGAAAGGUUCCUCCUCUGGCUGGGUUAUGCCAACUCCCUCAUGAACCCCUUCAUCUAUGCCUUCUUCAACCGGGAUCUGCGAUCCACAUACAAGGACCUGCUACGAUGCCGCUACCGCAACAUCAACCGACGCCUGUCCGCCGCGGGCGUGCAUGAGGCCCUCAAGGUGUAGGAGGAAGAGGACAAGGAUGAGGAGGAGGAGAGUUUGGAGCCCCAGAAGCGUCCAAGGAGUUUUAAAUGCCGUCCUUAUUGCAAAAACUACUGGGAAGUGCAGUUUCUGUGGUUGUAUAAUGGAAGCUUAGAGGGAUGACCUGUGACCUGGCAGUAGUAUUGUAGAUAAAGACAGAUAAAGACAGAGGCUGACUGUAACUUCCUCUCUAACCCACUGCAGAGGCACAGAGAUAAGGCCAUUCCUUAGGCCUGUGUCUGUGUGACUCACUCAGUCAUUCUAUUUUGGGAUAAAAACCAUGGACCGUAUUUGACGGGAUAUUCAAGUUGACACUGGCUUUGUGCAUAUGCUACACAGUCCUGACUUCAUAUUCAUGUCUGGUGGAUGGUGCAUUGACUGGGGAAAUGACAUGCGGACCCAGGCGAUAAUUCUGGGUCAUUCAAAGCAUGGGCUGCGAAUAGAUUUUUGCAUGAUGAUAUUUGCCAAAUUGAUGCUUGAGCAAGUGGGUGUCAGUGGCUAUUGAUUUAAACCAAUGAAGGUUACGGAAUCGGUAUCUACAUAACUGUUUCCAGUUCAUCUUGACUGUGGUACAGUAGGUGAUGAUGGUGAACAAUUGAAAGUGGUCUGUAUAGGUAUAUGUGAAUCUAUUACUUUGUGGAGGCAGUUAAGUGUUUUCUGUUUACCAACAAAAACACUGCAGAACAGAGGGGUAUACUACAAAGCAGGAUCAAGGAGCCUGAAUAUUCUGAAAAUGUUGAACGUUUUCAGAAAGAUUAUCUUGAAAUUGCCAUUGUCUCAUUGACUCAACAACCAAAAACACAUACAUGUAUCUAUGUUUAGCUUUUUUAAUGAACCAGAAAAUCAUCUGUUAUUUGUAGUUGUUUAUCAAAGUUAGCUGGCUAACUCACUGAAUCUGCUUUGUAGUAUACACCUCAGAAGGCACCUUUGCGUUGUCAUUUUAUUUCCAGACAUGCCUUUGACUGUCAGUUUCUCUAUUCAAUCAUUGAAUAGAAUACAUUGAUCUCUGCUGGCCAACAUCACUUAGAUAUUAAAGAGUUAACUACAAAGUCAACCCAAGGGACACACACAGAUCCAAGGGACACACACAGACGCAAGGGACACACACACACAGAAGCAAGGGACACACACACACAGACGCAAGGGACACACACACACAGACGCAUUGGACACACACACACACAGACCCAAGGGACACACACACACACACAGACGCAAGGGACACACACACACACAGACCCAAGGGACACACAUACACACAGACCCAAGGGACACACACACACAGACCCAAGGGACACACACACACACACAGACCCAAGGGACACACACACAGAGACCCAAGGGACACACACACAGACCCAAGGGACACACAUACACAUACCCAAGGGACACACACACACAGACCCAAGGGACACACACACACAGACCCAAGGGACACACACACAGACCCAAGGGACACACACACACAGACCCAAGGGACACACACACACAGACCCAAGGGACACACACACACACACACAGACCCAAGGGACAUACACACAGACCCAAGGGACACACACAGAGACCCAAGGGACACACACAGAGACCCAAGGGACACACACAGAGACCCAAGGGACACACACACAUUACAUGGCCAAGAUAGUAUAUUACUUUUGAAUAUAAAUCGUAAUGCAAAUGAAAGCCAACAAACAAAAGUUAAUCUUUCAAUGUUACCACAAAGCACUUGAGGGUAGCAAAUAUGACAAGCCUAUGAUUUGAAGUGAUUUAAUGGGUAAGAGAAAAAAGAGAUGGUACAACAAGUAGGCCUAAUGGUUAGCGCCUGAGAAUGUACUGUAACUAGAAACAUAUUAUCUCUGAGAAUGUACUGUAACUAGAAACAUAUUAUCUCUGAGAAUGUACUGUAACUAGAAACAUAUUAUCUCUGAGAAUGUACUGUAACUAGAAACAUAUUAUCUCUGAGAAUGUACUGUAACUAGAAACAUAUUAUCUCUGAGAAAUGCCAAUUUACAAAAUCCACAGGAACCCUCACUAUUUCAGAAAACAAAACUCUUCUUUUGGCAUUUAUUGUUCAGUGGAGUCUGCAUUGAAACUUGCAUCUGUCUGACAUGCUAUGCAUUAUCCAUGGAGGAGCAGAAUGUUGUGCAUAGUAAAUCUGACAUACAGUACAUAUGUAGGAUCUUAAAACCUUUUACUGCAGUGGACUAAAACAGGGUCACACAGAGUGUUUCUUGGUAGUCUUAAACAAAUCUACUUUGAAAGAAAAGUAUACACCUCACACACAUGGUUAUGGGCUUAAAAAUGAAGAUACCUGUACCAUGUCAGAUAUAGAUCAUGUUUUAAAUGUACACCUUAUAUACAUCACAGAAGACUGAAAUAUAACAAAAGCUUUGACAUAGAAACACACGUCGUAAAAAAAAAAAAAAGUUCCUUAAUUAUGAAAUUAUGAAAACUAUUAAUAACAUUCCACCCAUGAGGCAACUAGGUCAUUUGACUGCAGGAAAGGGCUACUUCGAUCCCCCUGUUGCAUGAGAGCUUUCCUGCAAUGCAGGACAUUUAAAACUUGUAUCGUAUUUGAGGUUUAAAUAGGUUUCUGGAGUUUGUAAUUUCCAGACUUGGUUUCCCCUUACGAAAAGUAUAUCAACCCCUAAAAAAAUGUAAUUCAUUAUAAUCCACAUAAUAAUUCACAUUUCCUGUUGCUGGAUUAUUUUCUUGCUGUAGCAAACUGGCUGAAAUUAAGAUCCUACAUCUGUAGUUCAGCAGCACAGUGGUUUAAACUAAAGCAUACUUAAGCACAUAAGGGUAAAACAUGUAGAAGUGAUCUUAAACUAUGGAGCUCUAUGGGGAUGUUUUUGCUGAGUUGAGUUUUUACCACAUACACAAACAGUUAGAGUUGGCUGCUCGAAACAGACUGAUUUUCCCUACCUUUUGUUUGUAUUGUAACAAAAGCUGAUCAAACUAUUGAACAUGACCAUUAUGGAAAAGGCACUAAUUAUGCUAAUGAGGUUCACCCAACAAGGAAUACGUCCACCCAUCAACGUCUUCAUCUCUAACACCUGAAGCAUCAGGUAUUGCUACUUCUGCUGUCUCUACUUCAUAGCAGGAUGUGGUCAAAACUUCUAGGAACUCUGCCUCAACUUCAGUUGAUCACAACAACUGCUCUGUUCUGUUGACAUUCUCUGUAUUGAUCUGUGUAAAACGUAAUCAUUGAAGCAGCGUGUGCUUUCUCUACCUCGAUUUUUGUAAAGUACUUGUUCAUUAUUAUUGCAAACAGAUAUCUAUUCCUGGCUUGCACUAUAUUUGGUCAUAUGAUUCCAUGUUAUUUAAAGUGUCUAGUGUCAACAAAAUUCAUUCACAUACCGUCUACAACUGCUUUGACGACAUUAUUCUCUGAAAUUUACCUGGAGAAAUGAAAGCAUAUUUAUUUCAACACUUUGUAAAUAAAGCAGCACUUGGU